CAGUUCUUAGAAUGCGUCGUCGCAUGCGAUUGUUGUCCUUCCGUGGCUGUGAGAUUGCUAGAAGAAUGGAGAUAACUGCGUGAAGGAUUGACAUGGACAAGGUCUGGUUCCAUAGAAUGAGAUGAGGUGAGGGGUCUGCUAGAACGAUUAUUGGGGAGCGUGGAAGCGAUGUCGACGUCGUGGAAGCAGUGCUCCAAGUGGGCGCUGUGGAUGUUGCAGUCGCAGGGGAGGGUGAAAUGUUGCAUUCCGUUGUAUCGUAUGGAAGUACUAUCGAGAUGGAGGUCGGCAUGCGGAGUUUCGUUUAUGAGGUUUACAAGUGGUGGUGUGCCGUCGGGGAAUUUUGGUGUGAGGCCGGGAUGGUUGGCUGAAGGUGGGCGUUUUCAUCGCUAUUCCAGUUUGGCAGCUGGUGAGGUUGAGGUGGAUGUGGAGUUGGUUGAGGUAGAUGCACCGGUGGAAGGCGAGGCGAGCGUUUCUGAGGUCGAUCGCGAGGCAAGUCUUGGAUUUUUGAAAAUCCUGGGGCUGAAGGACGAGAAAUUGACGCGUUUGGUGAGGAAAUAUCCUAUGGUGAUGUCUAGGAGCUUCAAGGAUGGCAUGUUGUCGCUGUUGCAAACUUUGAAUGUGGUUGGGAUUUCGGAGCAGUUAGCACCCCGAAUUUUGGAUAAAAACCCUCAAUUAAUUUUUCGAAUUUUAGAGAGAAACGUUUACAGUGAUAAUUUGGCAUACUUGAAGUCUUGUGGGUUGACCCCGAAGCAGCUUGAGCGGGUUGUGAGGAUUUAUCCUCAGUCUUUGGGAGCAAGCAAGCAGCUCCAGUUACAACCAACUGUAGAAUUUCUUUUGAGUCUUGGAGUUACUGAAGUGAAGAUUGGUAAAGUUGUUUCUUUGUCACCAUAUUAUCUUGGUUACCGGCACGAUAUUAGUCUUCUGCCGAAGGUAACAUUCCUCUUAAGUAUUGGCGUGAAAAAAGAGAAUCUAGGAAAGCUGAUCAUGGAGCAGCCUAGCAUCCUUUGUUUAAGUAUCGGUGAAAACAUUAUGCCCAAACUUAAGUAUUUGGAAUCUGUAGGCGUAGAGCGAGCCCGUUUAGGAGAGAUGAUAUGCAGAUAUCCGGCGAUGCUGACGUCUAAUUUAGACACAUUGAAGCUUAAGGUAGACUUUUUUGGAAGCAAAGGGCUAGUUGGGAAGAAUCUCGUCAACCUCCUUACUCUACAUCCAGAUCUCCUAGGGAGGUCUUUGGACUCUUUGAAUUCAGGCUUUGUGAACGUGCAGAAAAUCGGGUUCACUCAGGACGAAGUAUGCUCGAUUUUGAAGAUGCAUCCUACAGUUCUUAGUAGUACUGAGACUCAUCUACGGAAGAAAUUCGACUUCCUAACCACUGUUAUGAACCGGUCCCUGAAAGAGGUUUUAACGUUUACGGCAUUUGUGACCUACAGUCUUGAAAGGAGGAUCAAACCUCGGCAUCGGGUGUUCACUUGGCUACUUGCGGAAGGAUUGUUACCACAGAAGAAUUACUCUCUUCGAACAAUUAUCGGUGGAUCAGAGGAGUAUUUCAGAGAUAGAUACUUGGGGUUGCAUCCUUUGGCAGAGGCCAUGUACAAGGAACCAUCAGAGGUGAAGGCGAAAUGAAGGAAAUUGAUGGGUUUAGGCAUGCAGUAAGAUUUUAUAGGAUUUUAAGAAUUCGGCGUGAGAAUGGGGAAGAUAAUGCAUGAUUAGAGGUCUGGAAACUUGGCGAUAAGACAGCUACUACUGUAAAAAUCACGUGAACGUGAAGGCUGAUUUGAUACCAUGGACGAUUCAGAUGGUUUUAUUUGCAGCUAGUCUCGCCAAGAAGUAACCAAGUCAAAUGGAAGGACCAGGAAUAGCGCCAAGUUGAUUUCCUGAACCAGGUAUACAACCGCUAGGAAGACACUGUUGCAAAGGACACGGGAACUGCCAUUACGAAAGGAGUUUAGUGUGGAAUACAGAAAUCCGAAUUCCGCUACAACGGUUGCAUUUGGGGUGUGAAGAAUUGCCAGCUUCUGUCCUUAGCAACAAGGGUCAAUGGGUUUCCAAAUACUGGUUACUGCGCACAAAGGAUACAUGGUUCAUAAUUAGUUCGGACGUUAUUAAGGAAACGAAGAGACACUUGGAAUACGGCGAUGAAUUCUAAUGAUACGAGAUAGCUUCUAGUUUUGUAGAAGUUCAGAGGCUUGACAGCAACCUGAUAUUAGUUUUUUUUUACCAUGGAAAUAUAACCUCUGUAAGCUGCUCUACUUUUCUCAACACAACCACCAUCAUACGUGUUGAAAGCCGAAUGUACUACAUUCAAAGACUUGUUUACGUUGCUGCAUUUCACUCAACCAAUCAACAAUUGAUCACUAAAAGCGUUUUGUUUGAUCACUUAAGCAGUUAAAGUUUUCAAGGAUGGCUGAGUAGAGAUUUACAUUAGGGUAUCCAGUAAGCUAUCUUUGAUGCACUAUUUUGUUCCUUUUGGAGAAGUUAAUGACAACUUGUACUGCACCACAAUUCUUCA